AUGGCACUCACUUCAGACACAUCCUUCUGCUUCUCAGCUGAAACCUCACCUCUCAUCACCAUGUGCAGCAACUACUACGGAAACUCCUGUGGAGGCUGUGGAUACGGCUCUGGCUGCGGCUAUGGCUCUGGCUGCGGCUAUGGCUCAAGAUAUGGCUAUGGCUGUGGCUAUGGUUCAGGCUAUGGCUGUGGAUAUGGAUCUGGCUAUGGCUGUGGCUAUGGCUCUGGCUCUAGCUGUGGAUAUGGUUCCAGGUACGGCUCUGGCUACGGCUGUGGCUAUGGCUCUGGCUAUGGCUGUGGAUAUGGAUCUGGCUAUGGCUGUGGCUAUGGCUCUGGCUAUGGCUGUGGAUACGGCUCUGGCUAUGGCUGUAGAUAUGGAUCUGGCUAUGGCUGUAGAUAUGGAUCUGGCUAUAGCUGUGGAUACGGCUCUGGCUAUGGCUCUGGAUAUGGUUCUGGCUGCUGUAGCUACAGAAAAUGCUACUCUUCUUGCUGCUAG